CCUGACUGCAUUGCGGCGUCUGCUUUCUGCAGCUGAUCCGUGCUUGCUCGCUAUAUCGAGUCCCCCUCCUUUGGCCAAAUGCACCACCGGUGUAAGUAUCAGCAAACCUCUGUUUGAGAUCUGUAUACAACAUAUAUAACUUUAUGCUCAAUCUCCUAUUAUUUCUACCCCAUUCUUACCCAAAAUUCCGCCUUUUGAUAUCGUGUCGGCUUUUGUUGCCGGCGUCAUUCGUUCAUCCACGCGAGUUUCUACACGGCUUCGAGUCCUUCUUUUUGAGUCUCUCGUCCAGUCUACACCCAAACAUCGGGCAAGCACUCCGAAGGCGUCGUUGGCCCCGGUCUAUCGUCCGGCCUCAGACUGUUGCUAACUGACAGACUGAGAACCCGCUGAAGAGGACCCCGGCCAAGUUGGGCAUAAUUAUAUCACUUCUAGAGAUCGGACCAGCCACAGUGCUACGAAUCGUGAGGUUCCUGGCAAAACACCGCCCCGCUUCUGCCGAGUUCUCCGGCUUGGGUCGAAGGGGCCACGCAGCUUCCUUUCCCGUAAUCGCCUCUUCUAAGGCGGCCGGUUGCGAAUGAAGUUGGACGUUGCAUUUGGUUGGGAUCAGCCCAGGAUGCAUCAUCAGAUCAUCGGCACCAGUGCCAUGGGCGAGGAAAGCCCGCUGGCCGCGGACCACGGCGGCUUUGGUGCAACCGGAAAUGACGGAGGAGGACAUGGAGGCGUCGGUGGCGAGCCUCACUGGGUAGAUAUUUCAUACACCCAGAGCACGCCCAUGCAAGACUACAACGCCAACUACACCUUUGGUGUGGACCCCAUGAGCCACGGCCUAGCAUCGGAACCCAUGAACAACAGGAUGGGACCGCCUCCUCUCCCUUCUACUCAUGCGUCGCAAGUGUCGCAGCCGCAGCAGCAUCACCAACCGCCGCAUUCAGGACAUCCGCAGCUACACCCGCUGAUCACAAAUCCUACGUGGCCGAGCAUGUUGACGAACCCUGGUGCCCUGCGAAAUCCGGGAACCUAUUCCGCGCCUCCCAUCGCGAUGCCCACGCCUCUUGCCGUGCAGCCCCUACGGGGCUCCAAGACGCCGACUGCCAGCACAGCAACAGCGCCGCGGAAGACGUUAACAGACGAUAUGCGACGAGAGAUUUGUUUAUUCCAUCGCGACAACAGUGGCAUGAAGCAGACCGAAAUCGGAGCCAGGUUUGGCGUGGAAAGGAGCACUAUUUCGAAGGUCCUGCGCAAUAAGGAAAAGUUUUUGAAUCCAACCGAACGAAGCGAGUCGCCUGUAAAACGGAUGGCGAGGGGAAAGACUGGCACGGCCGACAUAGAGAAGGCUUUGUCAAACUGGAUCAAGAAAAGCGGCGUACCUGUUUCCGACCAAGAAAUCAGGGAAAAGGCCAUCAUCUUCUGUCAAAACACUCCUGGCACAUCCGACAGCCUGCUGAAGCAGUUUCAGUCCACAACUUGGCUGGAAAAGUUCAAGCAAAGGCACGGAAUCAAGGCCCCCAAGCUUCUGCGAAGAGCAUCAGAAACAUGCAUCUCCCAUUCAACUGUCUCGCCAGCGUCGCCGCAUACCCAUGCCAACCUGAACCUGCUACCAUCACCACUGUCCGCAGCUCGGAGCGACGACGAGAAGGAAGGGGCCAACAGCUUGAUGGAGUUUACGGCAGAGAGUGCCUCUUCCUCGUUCUCAAACACAGGCAUGAGUCCAGCGACGUUCCACUUCUCACCCGACACGCCCGUUGGUGGCUUUUUGUCUGACCCAACCAGACAUGGGCUGGCAGGACACCCCGGCUUUCCGAGGCAACGCAGUCAGACCUUGCCGAUCCUCGAUAUCGAGGGCAUGAACCAGCCCCAAGAGAGCGAGCCAAUGAGUUCCAAGUACUCCCAGGUGUCCACCGCGCCGUCCUCGGCCCUCGAGUCACCGAUGCACGAUAUGAUGGCCCAGCCUUUUGCUAUGGACGCUUCAGUCCUGUCGCCCAAGCUCCGCAGGAGUAGCAGCAACAACAGCCUUAUCGGCCGAUCCACAGGAACGCCUGUCCCUACCGUAACACCGGGUGGCUCUGGACCUGGCUCGCCAACGCAGGAAAACGCACGGAGAGCGGUAGACACACUCUUGAGCUAUAUCCAGAAUGGAGCUGGUGAUUCAACAGACUACUAUGCAGUCCUCCGCCUGACCGAAAAGCUUGGCUUGCAGAUGAACAACAAGCAACCAACCGGGAUGCAAAUGCAGCAGCAACAGCAACAACAACAAAGCGGUUGUCUGUCGGGCCUACCAAGAAUCCCAGAGGGUGAGGCCGAGUUGUCUCACGCGCCACAGCCCAACUUGCACCCCCACAUGAUCAAAUUGGAGCCCACCAGCAUGUCAGUCUGAACGGCCAACUAUACGAGACUUUCCAGAAACAACAACCUAUUCAUUAAUUUUACAUCCAUCAACUUGCCAUCACUGGCCCCAAAAUCCUCCUACGCAAAACGUCAUCUUAUAUACAACCGCCCGCCCACGCAUAUACAUACGCAUAUACCCCAUCAAACCGAGGGCCACCUCGUACAAAAUCCCACCUCUUUGUAGUCAGUUUUCUGGAAGAAGAAUCUCUGGCGCUCACGCGAACAUUGUCUGGAAAUUUCUUGUCAUGGCCUCUUCUCUUGGUUCUCAUCUUGGCCGAUUUCCUCCACUUGCAUUUACAACCCUCCUCGAAUGCAUUUUUUUGCUAUUAUUUCAUUAAUCAGACUGACAAGCCAUCAUAGCCGGUUUUCUCUCAAAUUCGCCCUGUAUUUGUGCCGUUUCUUUUUCGAAGCCUUAUAUUUCUAUCUACUCCUAAUUCCGGAACACACCUGGGCUUGUUUAUUUACUUUUUUUCUUUUUUUUUUCUUUCACGUUUUUGAGUAUCUCAUUGCUCUGCGCUGGCUUUUUGGCAUCUAUUGGAAUGGAACCAGGGUGGCGGGUAUAUACACGAUCAACAACAGAUCAGUCACUAUAUUUUCACGAAUUUUUUGUUUUCCAUCUUAUUUUCUCAUCUUCUCUUUCUAGUCGCACAAAGAAGCUAACAUUCUUGUGGAGGUGGCAUACAAGGCAGAUGUAACAGUCCAAGAGUGCGGGAGAAGGGACAAAGGGAACAAAAGAGAAAAUAUCGGAGUCGCAAGACUCGAGGACCUUGGGAAAUCUCUUCAAAGAUAAUCUGGCAAAGUUUCACAAAAACUGUAUCUUUCUUCACUUUACUCCCACACCAAUCGCUGUUGGAUCAGGCCCAUCAAUCUUUUUUGCAACCAUAUUUUUCCACACAUAUAUAGUCUUCCUCUCUCUGCAUACUGGUCCUUCAUUGCUUCAUGCAGCACAUUUAACGGAACAUAUUGCUCAUGGUUUUUUAUGGUCUUUGACACCUUUCUUUCCACCAACUAUGCUUCUGCUCAUCCUUUCUUUUCAUCCACCUAGGCUGCGAGCAUGUGGGUAUCACAAGACACUAUUGAGGCUGCUCAUCCUGUUGGCAUCACAUUAUGGUACAUGGGACAAACAUGAUCAUUGCGUGGUUACAUCUGUCAUAGUCAGGGGUUACAUUGCGUGGGUUGAACAAGGGGCACACACGUCGCUCUGCCUUUAUGGCAUCACCACAUGUUUCUCUUUUGUCGACGCCAGGACUUUAGCGCGGCUAACAGGCCUUCUCCAGGUGGAAUUUCC